AUGAUAAAUUAUGUAGUAAUUUUUGAUACUUUGAUGACAUCUACUCAAAGGAACGAUUCCUUCUGGCUUUCAACGAUUGUCAUCCUAAUUACAUUACUCUCAUGCAUCGUCAACCAUCAUAUGGAUCUAAGACAAAGAAUGGUCGGAGCACAAAUGCGUAUCGCUUGCUCAGCAGCCAUUUACCGUAAGACACUACGAAUGUCAAAACGAGCGACAUCACAAACUUCUGCCGGCAAUGUUGUGAAUCUCUUGUCAAAUGAUGUCGGUCGUUUGGAUUACGGAUUCAUUUUCAUUCAUUUCAUUUGGAUAUUGCCGAUUCAAGCUUGCCUAAUUUGCUAUUUAAUAUGGCGCGAAGUAAAAUAUGCUGCUGUCGUUGGUGUUGUCGGACUCCUGCUGAAAACAGUUCCAAUACAAACUGGAUUAUCGAAAGUCUCAUCUAUUUUGAGAAUGCGAGUUGCAAAGCGAACUGAUGACCGCGUUUCAAUAAUGAAUGAGUUAAUACAAGGAAUUCAAGUCAUAAAAAUGUACGCCUGGGAAACGCCAUUUCGUAAUGUUGUAAAGUUAGCGCGUAAAAAAGAAAUUGAUCAGAUUCAGUGGGCGUCUUACAUCCGCGGAAUUUAUCUAUCAACGAUGGUUUUUACUGAACGUUCAACACUUUUCAUUGCCAUCAUAGCGUGCAUUUUUGAAGAACGUCCUAUAACAGCCGACUUAGUAUUUUCCAUGGCAACAUUCUUCAACGUUCUUCAAUUAACUGCUGCAAUUUUUUAUCCGCUGGCUGUGUCGUUGGGUGCUGAAGCGUUGGUCUCAUUUAAACGAAUACAAGACUUCUUGAUGCUUGAGGAACAAGAUCCUACAACACCUGGUCUACAUCAGAAUGAGAUAGAAAUCAUGGAGCCUGAAUCGAAUGUAAUUGAAGUAAUAAAUGUAAACGCAUCGUGGACGAGCGAUUAUAAAAGCAAAACUUUAUCAGACUUGAACAUGAAAAUCAAAAGUGGAAAACUUUGUGCCAUUGUGGGAUCGGUGGGAAGUGGAAAGAGUUCCAUUCUUCAACUUUUGCUCGGUGAAUUGCCAAUUUAUUCCGGUGAUGUUUUGAUUAAUGGUGACAUAUCGUAUGGUUCACAAGAGUCAUGGCUGUUUUCUGGCACAGUUCGAAAUAAUAUUCUCUUCGGUUUGCCAUACGAUAAGGCUCGAUAUCAAGAGACUAUAAAGCAUUGCGCAUUGUUGACAGACUUACAGCAAUUGCCCCAUGGUGAUAAAACGUUCGUCGGAGAACGCGGCAGCGCAUUGUCAGGUGGGCAAAGAGCUCGUGUGAGUCUCGCACGUGCUGUUUACAAAAAUGCUUCGAUUUACCUUCUCGACGAUCCACUCAGUGCAGUAGAUUCUCAUGUUGGAAAACAUUUAUUUGACGAAUGUAUUGGACCCAACGGGUAUCUAGCAAAGCAACGGGCGACUCGAAUUUUGGUGACACAUCAAGUUCACCUUCUUCAAGAGGCUGAUUGGAUUGUCGUGAUGAAUCAAGGAGGUGUCUUGAGACAAGGUACUUACAAUGAUGUGAUGGACAUUGACUUGACACAAUUUAUAUCGCCUGUUCAAAGUGAAGACGAUGAUUUGGAUGGUGAUGAAUUUAAAGAAGAAAUUGAAGAAGACGAAGAAGACAUCCCUUAUAUUGAUGACGCCCCAGGAAGCAGCAAAGGAUACUUGAAAUUGAAAACCAUUGAACCGAAAAAAUCGGUGUCUCGCACUUCGAUUGCUAGCAGCGUGGGUGAUAUUAGCGUGAUAAGUAAUGAGAAUGAAGCAAGACAAGAAGAGAAGACCGAAACAAAAAUUUCCUUUUACAAAGUUUUCUGGUUGUAUUUUAGAGCUGGCGCGAACGUGUCGAUUCUUUUCUCAAUUUUGCUGUUUUUGAUUUUCUCACAAGUCGUCACGUCUGGUUCUGACUACUUUAUUACAUUUUGGACGAAUCAAGAAUUCAUUCGACUCAUGGGCCAUAAAACUUUCUUCACGACAACUGAAGGAUUGUACAUUUAUGGAUUCUUAAUUCUCGCUGUCGUUGCUGUGACAUUGUCACGGGGAUUUAUUUUCUUCGCUGUUUGCAUGAGAUCAUCGAAAAAGCUUCACGAUAAAAGCUUCUUGAGCCUUCUGCAUAGUCCCAUGAGGUUUUUUGACACCAACCCAUCUGGAAGGAUUUUAAACAGGUUCUCUAAAGAUAUGGGUGCGGUUGACGAACUUUUACCCAAGGCCAUCAUUGAGGCGACUCAGAAUUUAUUGGUAAUGUCAGGAAUAUUAAUCCUUAUUGCCAUUACUACAUCGGGUCCGUGGUUUCUCAUUUCUUUGGGUGGUGCCGUCCUUCUUUAUGUAUUAAUCCUCAAACUCUACUUACAAACAGCUCAGGAUUUGAAGAGAUUGGAAGGAAUUACCAAAAGUCCAGUAUUUAGUCAAAUGGCAGCAACAUUAAAAGGCAUUUCAACCAUACGGGCAUGUAAGGCGAGCAAACGAUUGACAAUCGAAUUCGAUAACCUUCAGAAUGUUCAUUCGAGUGUUUGGCAAAUAUUGAUGAGUGUUAACGCAGCACUUGGGCUUUGGUUAGAUAUCGUCUCUUGUGGCUUCGUUGCUUGUGUCUGCUUUAGUUUCAUUAUAUUGAGUGGAGAAAGUACAACGAGCUCUUCAAGCGUUGGUUUGGCAAUAUCGCAAGCACUUAUACUCACUGGAAUGGUUCAAUAUGGUAUACGACAAGCGAUGGAGUCGUUUCAACUGUUCACCAACACAGAACGUGUCUUGCAAUAUACAAGAUUGGAACAAGAGCCACUAAUUUCACGAAAACCGACAAGAGAUUGGCCAUUCAAAGGUUUGAUUGAAUUCAAGAACAUGUCGCUCUAUUAUGACGUCAACAUAGCACCUGCUUUGAAAAACUUAAACAUGACCAUCGAACCUGGAAUGAAAAUUGGCAUCGUUGGGAGAACAGGAGCUGGGAAAAGCUCAAUCAUAAAUGCAUUGUUUCGUUUGUCAUACAUUGACGGAAGAAUUUUGAUUGACGGCAUAGACACGAGUGAAAUAAAUUUAGAAAGUUUACGGUCAAAAAUAUCAAUAAUUCCACAAGACCCGGUGCUGUUCAGUGCGACGAUUCGUUAUAAUUUAGAUCCGUUUAAUGUCUUUCAAGACGAUCAGAUUUGGAAGGCAUUGGAGGUGGUUGAGAUGAAAACCGCAAUAAAUGGCCUUCAAUUUAUGGUAACUGAGGGAGGGAGCAAUUUCUCUGUGGGUGAACGGCAACUCCUGUGCUUAGCUCGAAGUCUCGUAAGGAACAAUAAAAUUUUGCUGCUAGAUGAAGCGACAGCAAACAUCGAUCAAACUACAGACGCUCUCAUACAGAAAACCAUUCGAGAAAAGUUCUCUGACUGCACGGUUUUAACGAUAGCUCAUCGUUUACAUACCAUCAUGGACUCUGAUAUGGUUCUUGUGAUGGAAAACGGAUACGCAAAAGAAUAUGAUGUCCCAUAUAAGCUGCUUCAGCAGCCUUUUGGAAUUUUUCGAGGACUGGUUAACAAUUUGGGUCAAGCGGAAAGGCACAACCUGACAGAAAUUGCCAAACUAAAAUAUGAUGAAAUUUUUAGUCGAGAAGCUCAACCGAAAAAUAUUUGGAAGUUUAAGGAUAUUUAAAAACUCUUUUGGAGAUAAAAGGAAAAAGAAGGAACUAGAAUAUGUAUUUAAUUAAAUCAGGUUUCGAUUUAUUAACCCAAGCUUAUAUAAGUUAAUAAUAAGGAAUAUAAAUACUCAUUUCUACCUACUAUCAACUAUGGUUGAUGAGAAAAGUAAUUUAAAAGUAAAUUUAGGUAUUUUGAUAAGUUAAGAAGAACGAAUAAAUGAAUGAAUGGAUGGAUAAAAGGAUAAAGAUUCUUCAUUUAAAAUUAAAACUUCUUCGUCUUCGUCUUUAUAUCCCCACAUCAUUCUUUUGUUUCUGAGACGCUUUGCUUGUGAA